AUGGACAGGCAGCAUUUGGAAAAGCAACACAGCCACAUCACAGCGGAGAGGACAUCAUCAACCAUGUCCCAGAGCCCCAGAAUCUCCUCCCACAUCUUGGAAUCCAUGAAGGACGUGUCUUGCGGAAAGGCGCCCCAGACCGCCGCCCACAGGGACAAACCGAUGCACCCCACUACCAUCUUCCUGUGCAAGUCGAAGAGCAGCCAGGCUGCCCUGGUACCCCAGGAGCAGAAGGUGUUCUUGGAGAAAGCCUAUAAUGCAGCCAUCUGCUUCAAGAUGCUCCGAGACCUGAAUGGUUCGGACCCGGUCCGACUGAAGUACAUUGUCAAGAAGAUCAAGAACAUGGCUCACAAGGCCCCCAACCUGGUGCUGGAAGCCAUUCACGACUACUUCGUAGACAGCCCUAAGAUCUCGGACAGGCACCGGUUCCGGCUCCUCCACGUACUGGAGGCCGUCAUCGAAGCCAUUGACUCCCUGGAGGGAAGCUGGGAGGAGACCUUCAUGCAGCUGGCCCUGGAGAACAUGACCAAGUCCACGGAGCUGGAGGACGCGUACCAGGACGCAGCCAGCAACGUGCUGGUGGCCAUCUGCAGGCACUCCUGGAGGGCGGUGGCCCAGCACCUGGAGACCGAGGUCCUGACGGGCGUCUUCCCACACCGCAGCUUCCUCUACGUCAUGGGCACUUUGACCUCCAAGCAGGAGCUCUUCAACCAGGAGGAGAAGACAGGCUGGGAAGAGCAGCUGACCAAGAUAGCCGCCCAGUCGGCCCAGUUCCUGAGCGUGGACGUGUGGUCCAAGGAGCUGCUGUGGGCACUCACCAAGCCGGACCGGACGCACCAGGAGCAGCCCCCGGAGAAGGCCUUCCUGUUCGUCUUCUAUGGACUGGUCCUUCAAGCUGAGGAGAACAGCACCACAGUCAGGACACACCUGAGGACCCUCCUGGGGACGUCCCACCAGUGGCCCAAGCAGAGGGAGGGCCUCGCUCUCACGAUGGGGCUGACCGCAGUGCGCCACCUGGACCACGUGUGGGCCGUCCUGGAGCAGUUUGGCCGGAGCACACCCAUCAAGUGGAGCCUUCACAGCUUCUCCCCAAAGGGCCGGACCUCGGAGGACCUGCAGUGGAAGUGGGCCAGCAGCACCAUCCUCCUGGCCUACGGUCAGAUGGCGGCCAAGGCCAAGUCCCACAUCCUGCCGUGGGUGGACAACAUCCUGUCGCGAAUGGUCUUCUUCUUCCGCUACAGCUCCUGGGACGAGACCCUGAAGCAGAGCUUCCUUACUUCCAUCCUCAUGCUGGUGGGGGCCGUCAGCCGCAACAGAGGCGCCCACAGCUACGAGUUCUUCCAGAUCGGGGAGCUUUUAGAGUGUCUGGUGGUUCUGAUGGAGAAGGAGCCCACGGACGCCCUGUGCACAUCGACCCGCCAGCAGACCAUCCACAUCAUCUCCAGCCUCUGUAAGCUGAGGCCGCCCCUGGACGUUGAGAAGAAAUCACGGCUCCUGUCCGUCUGCCUCCGCAGCGUGCUGGCCCUGCCGCUGCUGGACGUCCUAGAGAAACAUACCUGCCUCUUUCUGGAGCCACCCAAUGUACAGACCCUCUACCAGCAGACCUCAGAGGCCCUGGACCAGAUGCUGCAGACCUUCAUCAUGCAGAACCCCACAGCGGACGAGCUGCAGUUCCUGCUGUCGCACUUGCACGUCUGGCUGGCGUCGGAGAAGGCGCACGAGCGGCAGCGGGCUGUGAACAGCUGCGUGGGCCUCCUCAAAUUUCUGAGCGACAAUCUCUACCUGGACCCAAAAGAGGACCUCAAACGGAUCGGGCAGCUGAUGGGCAUGCUGGGGAUUCUGUGCCAGGACCCAGACAAGUACACCCAGCACCGCAGCCUGGAAGCAUUGGGCCAUGUCUACCAGCUCAUCAUGCGCCACAGAGCAGAGUCUUCACAGGUGCCAGAGCUGGUCCCCCAGCAGCUCUCCCAGGCCAGCAAGGACGGAGCCCUGCUCUGGAGCAGUGGAGACCAGAAGGCCUCUCUCCCCACCCCCCAGGAGGUGGUGUUCCCAAAGGACCCAGUCUUCCAGCUGGGCAGCCACCAAGUCAUCAAGGAGGUCUCAAAGCAUCUCACGCUGGCGGAGCUGACCGACCUCGUCUCGACGGCCGUCGAAGGCCUGGGCUCCAGCAGCCCCUUCCGCGUGCAGGCGGCCACCAACAUGCUGCUCGCUGUCAUCCAGGAGCACGGGGCCAAGCUGGAGACCGCUGCCAACCUGGGCCGGGCCAUCCACCUGCAGCUCUCCUCUGUCCGCAUCCCCCAAGCCAGGAGAGAUGCCCUGCACACCAUCACCCUGCUGGCCCGGAACCACGCCCCCGAGCUGGUGGCUGCCUUUCUGGACUUCUCCAUGCCCAUGGACAGCCGCACCUUCCAGCUGUGGAGGGCCCUGGGGGCCGAGCAGCACGUGAGCCGCCUGGUGCUGGCCACGCUGCUGGCGUGGCUGCAGGAGAGGCCCCUGCCCGUCGGGACCAGCCGCAGCGGCCCCCCACCCCAGGACAGGACCUGCCGGCACUCCUUGGCUGCCAUGAACACACUGCACAAGCUACAGUACGCGCAAGAGUUCAAGAGGACGGUGCUGGAGGCCUACCCCCAGCUCCUCCUGGCCCUCCUCAGCCAGGUGCACUACGUCCUGGAGCUGCACCUGCCCACAGAGCCCCAGCCCGACCCGGGCAGGACUGGCUCCGUGACCCCUCUGCUCCCCUGCAGCAUCUCACUGGGGGCCCUGAAGAGCCUGCUGUCCACCACGGGGCACUGGCGGGACUUCGCCCACCUGGAGCUGCAGGGCGCCUGGGACCUCUUCACCACCAUGGACACCUACCCACAGGGUGUGGGUCUCCUGGCCAGGGCCAUGGUGCAGAGCCCCUGUGGGCAGAUCAAGGCAGUGGCCCUUCGGCUGCUGCCCAGCCUGCAGAGCUCGGAGCAGCGGGAGAGGAAGGUGGCCAUCCUCAUCCUCAAUGAGUUCCUCUACAGCCCCACCCUGCUGGAGGUGCUGUCCGAACAGGACGCCCUGUCCGUGCUGGCCCAGAGCCUCAGGGACCCCAGCCCCGAGGUCCAGGUGCUCAGCCUGCAGGGCCUGAGGAACAUCCUCUUCCACCCAGAGAAGGGAAGGCUGCUCCGGGGACAGCUGCCGCCCUUCCUCAGUGGCUUCUUCCAGAACAGCGAGCCGGUGGUGGUGCGCGUCAUGGGUGCGGUGUCCGACGUGCUGCACCGCCUGGGAGCACAUGGCGCGGGGGCCCAGAGCCUCGCUGUCGCCAUCAACGCCCGCGCCUUCUUCGACGACGAGCGGGACGGGAUCCGGGCGGCAUCCAUGGCACUGUUCGGGGACCUGGUGGCAGCAAUGGCAGGCAAGGAGCCCAGUAGCCUUCGAACCCAAGUACACCAGAGCAUGGUGCCCCUGCUCCUGCAUCUGAAGGACCCCUGUCCUGCCGUCGUCACGCAGGCCAAGUUCGCCUUCUACCGCUGCUCCAUGCUGCUCCGGUGGCGGCUGCCGCACACCCUCUUCUGCACGCUGGCCUGGGAGAAGGGUCUCUGUGCCCGCCACUUCCUCUGGUCCUCCCUGAUGACCCAGAGCCAGGAGGAAUUCAGCAUCCACUUGUCACAGGCCCUCAGCUACCUGCACAGCCACCAUCACCACAUCAAGACCUGGGCGGCACUCUUCAUCGGUUAUACUGGCUGCUUCCACACCCAGGCCACGUCCCAGACAGUGACCGACUCGGACCUGAAGCUGCUCUUCUGCACUUUCGAAAAUCUCAGAAAGGACCUGGAGCCUGGCAUCCGGGAAUCCGCCACCAGGCUGUCCGGCUUCUUCCAAGAGUUGGCAGCCAGACGGAAGUGA